CUCUGACAAUCUGCUCCAAAUGUUUUCCAUAUUUGUUCAGCCUCCUUGAUUCAAAUACCAGGAACAACUCAGCCAGCACAAAGCGAAGCUUCAGGGGCACACACACACACAAAAAAAUCCCCACCUCAACACGCCCAUCAGCCAGAAAAAAAAAAAGUUCAUCAACAUGAGAAAAGAGGAGAAGAAACCUCAGAACAACACGUCCCUUAAAAACCAGAACCAGGCAGGGAAGGCACCUGAAGGGGAGAAAAGCACCGAUCCAGCCAAGCAGCAGGAGCCAGCAAUGAAGAAGAAAGCCAAGGGGGAUCCCAAAACGGGCCAGGAGGAGGAAUCCCACACUUGUUGUGGCUGCCGUUUCCCGCUGCUGGUUGCUUUGUUGCAGCUGGUGUUAGGCAUCUCUAUAACAGUGCUGGGCUUCAUUAUGGCAGGCAUCAGCUCUUCUUUACUAGUCAGAGACACUCCAUAUUGGGCUGGGAUAAUUGUCUGUGUGGUGGCCUUAGUGGGAAUGGUGAUGCUUUGUGUUUCAUAUCAGCCUGAGGAGAAGACAUGUUUCCAGUUUGCCAUAAAGCUGAUGUACUUUCUACUGAGCACCCUGAGUCUGAUUACCUGUGUUCUGGCAGUGGCUUUUGUUGCACAUCAUCAUUCACAGAUUACACAGUUUACCUGUGAUGCCGUCCUCGACUCUUGCCAGUGCAAACUGGACACUUCAGAUCCCCUCAGUAGGACCUUCGUUUACCAGGAUGUAUCUGAUUGUACCAGUGUCACUAGCACUUUCAAUCUGUAUCUGCUACUGCAGAUGGUUCUUAAUCUGAUCACAGCCAUUGUGUGUUUGUUGGCAUGCUUUGUGAUGUGGAAACACAGAUAUCAGGUCUUUUUUGUGGGCGUUCGGUUACACUCAUUAACUGGUACUGAAAUCCAACAACAGAAAGUAUAGGGGGGUGGUUUUGGUUUGUUUUAUAGAGAGUGAAUAACAAAUGUCAGGCUAUUACCACCGUAGAAACUGCAAAUAGAUCAGUGUUUAAAGAUUUUUUGACAAAGACGACCAUUCACACAUUUUUAAUGAAUAUAUUUAUAUUUUUCAGUCAUUUGAAGAGCAAUUUUUACGGCCGCUAUUGCCAAGGGCCCUUGUGGGAAGAGCUAGAUGUAUCACAAAAAUUCUAAAGAUGUGGCUGUACAAAUAGUCUCCGAAAAGCAUCUUUAAUAGGCAUAGACAAAAGCAGUUUUGAUCAUUACUGGGAUUCCUCUGCUGAGCUAUAUAUGGUAACAAACCAUGAGCCAGAUUCUUGGUUGGUGUCAAUCUGUCUGUUCCAUUGACUUCAAUGGCGCUAUGCUGAUUUACACCAGCUGAGGAUGGAUCUGGUCCAGACUGUUUAAGUGAAAUUAUUCCAGUCAUGCUUAGGGAGUUGUGCUCUUGGAUAUCCCACAUUAUCAUUACUGGGAUUUACUGUAUAUGUGUGAGCAGCGAGGGAAGGUUGAGACCCUUCCAAAUGCAAACUAAGACCAGCAACAAAUGAGAAUCUAUUGCUGGUAACAGUAUAAACUCUAGUCAAGGUUUUCAAAAGGGCCUAAUGAGAUCCCUUAAAUGGGCCUGAUUUUCCAGGAGUGAUGCUCAGCAUUUUCUGAAAAUCAAACCAAUGUAAGGUCCCUCAAGCUGGACACCUAACACUGAAGCUCCCGAAUAGUUAGUGGCUUUUGGAAAGCCUGUAUCAACAUGAUUGUAAUAGCACUGCAUACAAAAAGGAUGUUUACCUAUUACUCCAGUUCUACUUUCCUCCAAGUGCAGCAGGCCAAAUACCUUCUUGGCGUACUUCCUGUGAAGACAAUAGAGUUGCACCAGGGAUGGAUUUGGCCCAAAAACUCUGAAAGAGAUAUCACUGCAUAAAUAGAAAGCC